AUGAUUAUCCUAAAAUCUACGUUGACUGUUUUAAGUUUUUGUGGAUGCUGGCUACCACCAUCCUGGUCAAUUUCAUUUUCCAAACGUCUCGUAUAUCAUUUGUAUACAAUAUUUGUUGCUUUAAUAAUAUCAACCUUAGCUUUUUCACAAGCAAUAGGAAUUAUCUUAAACGAAGAUGUUUCUAUUGAUUCUUCCGACGACAUUUAUAUAUUUCUUGCUGAAGGAAUAUCUUGUUUUAAAAUGUUAAGUCUUGUGAUUAAUCGUAAUAAUAUUGUUAACUUAAUUAGUUCUUUGAAACAAGAACCAUACAAACCAUUUAACGAUGUAGAAACUAGGAUUCAAAUCAAAUUCGAUAAUUGGUCGAGAUUGAACACACAGUGUUAUUCGUUUUUACUCACGUUAUCCGUCUCUUAUUUCUUAUCUACUUCAUUAUUGACUAAUUUGAAAAAUAAACAAUUAACUUUUCGAGUAUGGUUGCCGUUUGAUAAUAACAUGAAUAAUUUAAUAUUUUAUUUAAUUAACGUGCAUCAAGCAAUAGCACUUAUAUUAGGUGCCAUGCUUCACGUUGCUUUGGAUUGUUUAAUAUUUGGUUUCCUUUUACACGUUUGUUGUCAAAUUCAAAUUUUGGAAAAUCGUUUGAUGAUGAUCAGUAAUGACAAUAAAUCUUUUUUAAGAUUAUGCAUUCGUCAUUACGACUGUAUAUGCAAAUUUGCCUAUAACGUGAAUAAUAUGUUCGAGUUGAUGGUAUUUAUACAAUUUUUUAUUACAACAUCGACAGUAUGUUUUACGUUGUAUCAAUUAACGAAAGUAUCACCAAUGUCAUUGGAUUUUUUUAAAAUAAUACUUUACAUGUGUUGCAUAUUAAUGCAAAUAUAUCUUUACUGUUGGUAUGGAAAUCUUGUUGCCACAAAGAGUGAAGAAAUUGCGAAGAAAAUAUUCGAAAUAAAUUGGACAACGUUAAACGAAGAUAUAAAAACAUGUUUGUUGUUUAUGACGAAACGUACGAUGAAACCAAUCGUUUUAGUUGUUAUGAAGAUUCUUCCCAUCAAUCUCGUUUCUUUCGUCAGUAUACUUAAAACUUCGUACUCGGCAUAUAACUUCAUGCAACAGACGGAUGUACAAUAAAAUCAAGAAAAAAGAAUAAACAAC